AUGGGGGUCACGCAAUCUGGCGUCCGCAUUUUGCGCCGCCGUCUCAAGACCAGAACCAACAGACCUCCUUAUUCCCACGAUUUGCUGAUCUCGCGUUACCCGCCCGAUGAUCGACACGCGCAGGCGCAGGGGUCAUUCACGCGGAAUCUCGGAGCCGUCGAGGCCUUUGGCAUUGUCGUGAGCAUCGUCAUCGGCAGUGGCGUCUUUACGUCGCCCGGGUCAAUUGACACCAAUGUUCCAUCCCCGGGCAUCGCUCUUAUGAUCUGGCUCGUCGGCGGUGGUCUUGCUUGGACUGGAGCCACGACUUUUGCCGAGCUCGGCACCGCCAUUCCUGGAGAAGGUGGUGUUCAGCCUUACCUUCAGCACAUCUUUGGUCCAGUGUUUGGUUUCCUGGCAGCAUGGACCUGGAUUGUUGCUAUUAUGCCGGCGACCCUCGCCAUUCUUAGCAUCGCCUUUGCUGAGAGCGCCUUCUCGGCUGCUGGUGUCACUGAUGCCUCCGGCACGGUUGAGCACAAGCUGCUAUCCAUCAUGGUCCUUGUCGGCAUGAGUGUUGCCAACUCAAUUAGCACCAAGGCCAGCACGCGUCUCAACAACUUUUUUGUCGUCACCAAGUUCUUUAGCAUUCUAGUUGUUGUUGUCGCUGCCAUGGCUGUCAUUGGUAUCCAUCUCGCGCAGCCCAACCGAGAGAUUGGUGGAGAGGAGUGGUUCAGCCAGUCUUGGUUUUCUUGGCGCAAGACGCUGAACCCCGAUGGCACCGAGACUGAUUGGACGCAGCUGAGCCAAUGGGAAAUUUUUGGCCACUACUCGGCUGCCCUGUAUGCUGCUCUCUGGGCUUAUUCUGGCUGGGACAAGCUGUCACAGCCUGCCAAGCAGCUGCCUCUGGCUAUCAACACGUCGAUUCCCACCGCCAUUGUUUGCUUCUUUUUCGCCAACGCUGGAUACUACAUUCUUCUGCCCUGGAAGGUUGUUUCCACCACUGACAGCGUGGCAGUGACUGCUAUCACAUUGCUCUUGGGCCGUGGCUUUGGCAUCUUGAUGGCCAUCCUCGUUUGCCUGGUUAUCGCUGGCUCUCUCCUCGGCAACUCAUUCGUCGCCAGCCGCAUGACGGUUGCUGCAGCCAAGAAAGGCUGGAUCCCUGACUACUUUACCAUUGUUGGCCGAGUUGGCUUCACUGUCGACUCAAACACCAACAACCGCUCCCGAGACAGCCAGGGCAAGACUUCCGAUGCGCCCAUCAACGCUGUCAUUCUUUCGGCCCUUCUCGGAACCAUGUACAUCCUGUUUGGCGACUUCCGCGCCCUCCUGACUCUCAACGGUCUCGCCGAGUUUUCCUUCUUCUUCCUCACGGUUCUUGGCGCCAUCAUCCUCCGGUACCGCGAGCCAAAGCUUCACCGUCCUUACAAGACGUACUCGUUCAACCCUGUCCUGUUUGUUCUCGUGAGCGGGUUCGUCAUUGUGAGGGGAGCUCUCUUUGCGCCCCAGCAAGCCCUCGUCAUUAUCGUCGUUUGGGCUCUUGGCCUUAUCUUGUACAAGGGCAAGCAAAUGAUCUGGGCGAGGACAUCAAGGUAA